AUGCCUCCUCGACACCAGACUCUCCCGCCAGCGCAGACUUCCUCAGCGCGUGCCGCCCUACAGUCCUUCUACUGCGACCUCUGUUCUAAAGGUUACUCGCGCAUGAACGACUAUGAGGCUCACCUGGGGAGUUAUGAUCAUAGCCAUCGGCAGCGCAUGAAGGAUAUGAAGCAGAUGGUUAAGGAUCCGACGGCGGGGGCACGCGCGAGAAAAGCCGAAGCUAAAGCAGACGGUCUAAUCAGCAUCAAGCUCGGCGGCGAUUCUAAUCCGAUCGGAAUUGGUGGUGGCGGCAGCGGCGGCGGUGGUGGAUUUAAGAAGGGAGGUUUCAAGAAAUCUGGUUUUAAGAGCGCAUUCACGCCUAUCGGUGGAAUGGUGGACGACGAGGAUACCAAGACAAAAGAUCCGGAUACGAAUAUGAGUGCUAACAAAGACGAGAAAGCUAUACCAAAAGAUUUAAGUGCCGAAAGCGAUACAGAAGACGAAGGAUAUGAGGUUUAUGAUCCACGACUCCCUACGGAUUAA